AUGGACGACUCGCUGCUUGGCGAGUCGCCUGAAGCAAGGGUCAAAUUGCUGUCGUCUAUCGACCAGGUGGUCAGUGACUUCGACAACGUCAAAUUCCACAUUUCAACCCCCGAGUCCAAGACAAAGCUGGUUGUUUCUUUGUAUAUUAAAUGUUACAAGGACUUGCAGAAAUACGGAGUCGAGCAGCUGCUAGACAGAGAAUAUGGCCAGUUCAAACUGUCGACACCUGAAGACAACUAUAACUACUCGCUGUUAUUGGACCUUGAACAGCUGUGGGAGUUGGAUCAUGAUAAACGUCAAGAGAUUGUAGAUAACAUUGCGUUGCUGAAACGGAAUGCUCUUGCUGCUCCUUUUGAAUUGGCAUUCAGCAAAUUCGACGAGCUGGCUGCUGAUGCUGCUCAGCGGUCGCUGGAUUUGUAUGUUCCAGAAGACAGCAAUACAGAGGUCAUGACCAUCAAUUACAGAGACGAGGAGUCCAUUUAUAUCAAACCGUCGCACGACAGAGUCACUGUGAUCUUCUCAACGAUUUUCAGAGACGAAACUGAUCAAGUUUUCGGUAAAGUAUUUUUGCAGGAGUUUGUAGACGCCCGUCGACGGGCCAUUCAAAACGCUCCACAGGUUCUGUAUUCUCAUCGUGAACCUCCUCUGGAAAUCCGAGGUGUUCCUGGAGUACGUGCUGGGUCUGAACAAGUGGGAUACGUGACGUUUGUGCUGUUCCCACGCCAUCUGGCCCCUGGUCGCAGAGAAAACUGUAUCAGUCACAUCCAAACCUUCAGAGACUACUUCCACUACCACAUCAAAUGCUCCAAAGCAUACAUGCACUCGCGAAUGCGAUACCGUGUCUCGGAAUUCCUCAAAGUGCUCAACCGAGCCAAGCCCGAAAUCGCCGACAAAGAACGCAAAACCGCUACCGGCCGCCGUUUCAAAGUCGGUGUCUAA